AUGGUGGUUGACAAUUACUAUUUCCCGCAAGUCAUGCGAGGUGCAUAUUACGUGGCCACUGCUUUCUUCAUCGCAAGUAGCACCUGCACAGCUGCUGAAUCUGUCCAGAUCAAGUCUGUAAAAACGCAAUUACAUGACAAGUCUCAAGCCGGUGGUUUUGACACAACGACGUUGCCCAGAAGAUCUCUUAAAGGGAGUGGAGAAACCCCAGUGGCUGAAGAAGAGCGCGUCAAUUUUGCUCAAGUAAUCGAGAAAGCAGAAAAUACUGCUUCUAACACCUCUUUAAAGUUGAAGAAAACCAAGAAGCAACGUUGGCGUAGCUUGAAGAAUAUUCUCAUGCCCGAAAAACACGUUGGCACUUCCGCGAACUCAAGUGGAGAAAGGAUCCGAAUUCUCCAGAAAAAUCAUGAAGACGCUAUUGCAGAACUCAAGCAAGUUAACAAAAAAUUACUCGUUGCAAUAGAAGAAAUCGAGGAUAUAAAACACAAAACUACUAGAGCUUUUCAGUACUACGACUUUCACGACGACCUCGUCCAGUAUCACUUCGAGCAAGCUGAUGCCGCUGCCAAAAAAGUCCUCGAAUCCUCCAGCAAAAUGAAAGAUAUCGAACACGAGUGGAGAAAUGCCUUGGAAGCCGCCGAAGCCGCCACCACCAGUCUCCUCACACAAGCAAAACUAAACGAACAACUCGCCAUACCUGCCUUCAAAACCGGGGACGAGGAAAAGUAUCAAAUCAAUGAAGCCCCUCAAGCUGAUCGAGAAAAUGCCAUCAACAAAGCUAAACAAGAUGUUAUAACAGCCGAAAAAUAUGAGCAGAAAUUCCUCGACCUUGCCGACUCCUUUAAGAAGAAAUUUGCGACAGCUCAAGAAGAUCUUAAAUCGCGACUUAAAUUUGCUGAGAAUUACAGAUAUGCAGUCAGUGGUGCCAUGCAAUCUAAUGAAAAUGAGAUUCCACAAGCCGAGGAAGCUGUCUCAAGUGCUCAAGCCAAUCAAAAUGCUCAAGUCGCGGAAUUUAUUCCCUCAAAUCAAGAGCUCGAGAUUGCUCGAGCCGGUGGAAAUCCUCAGUUAAACUUAAAUUUGAGAGCCAUCCUAUCCGAGAAACCCACUUACGCUACCCAAGAUCUCUUAGCCGCCCAUGCCCGCCAUGCCGCCCCUCCUGCUCAUUUUGAUACCGACAGUCAUGUCAGAGCUGGACUUGACUUUGAGCCAACCCCCGAAUCCUAG